ACGUCUGCCCUUACAUCAUCUUUUUAUCCAUUGCAACAGACGCCGUCAUUCUGUUCAUUCGCCAACUGCGAGAAAUCAUAUGCAUUUGACGUGACAUCAGCAAAGAGAGUGAGAGAGUGGUAACACAAACGAAGCAAUUGCAUCAAUCACACAACUAAUGGGCUCCAACUUGGAAGAUGAAGGCUAUUGGAAUCGCUCCGGUCGGGCUUUUAAUUUUGACGAUGACAAUGAAGACAUUGAUUUGAAAUCCCUGGACAUAAAUGUGGAUAGUGGCAGCAUUGAAGGCGGCGGUGGGGGCAUACUCAAUGAUGACACAAUUUCCGAAGCAAGUUUCGACAAUACAGCCAGUUCCUAUAACCUGUCAAUUAAAUCCUUGAUUUCCGAUGAAGAAUUGAAGCUGCUUUUGGAUGAACAAUCAAUGGAUGAUAAUAUGAUACCCAAGGGUAUGAAACCCGAAGAGGAACUCAAGCUUCUUAGAAGGCAAAUACAAAAUACAUUGUAUACACCAUCGCCAAUGGCCACAGCUCGUAAACUAUUGCAAGGGAAAAUUGUGAGCUUUGAGGUGUUUAAAUCUUUGCAGGACAAGCAACAACUUCUGGAUGCAGUCAUUGAAAUAGGUUGUCCCGGAGAUUCAUUGCUCAGCGUAAUUUUGUUCUUAGACAAGACCCUAAAUUGCAAAGAUUUUCAUGAUAUGUUGAAAAAACGCCCCAAAGCUCUUCAACAUUAUUUGCAAUAUUUAUCACAACGUCAUGUGGAUGAAGCUAUUGACUUGCUUAAAGAUUUGGGUAAAUACAAUGAAGCUAUGCUCUUGGAAUUUCAAACGGUCUUACGUUUGCAAUCGAUGCCAGAACGUAAGGCUAAGUUGCAAGCCAUGAUGUCGCAUUGUGCCAAUAAUCGUGUCUGCCAACUCUACCAACAAAUAUUACAUGCAGCAAUGAAACUCUUCGCGCUUGUAGAGUCCGAAAGAAACUCUCUAAAUAAUAUGGUGGAUGUUAAUUCCAGCCCCGUUGAAGUACUUUAUGCCUGCUGUGCCAAGAACACCAAUUGGAAGGAUCCUGAUAUUACACAAAUUAUUUCACCCUACCGUUUGUGUAAUGACCAACAUAUUUCCGCAGGGCAAUUCGAUUGGACUGCCCUCAAUGAGCGGGCUCGCUCACAAGCCUAUGCCGAUUUGCAACAUAUUUUCGAACAAGUACCCACAUGGCAUCCCAUUAAACAGAAACAAUUUCACAUCAACAUCUCAUUGGAAUUGGCCGUAAUACGUCUACAUGAUAUGGGUGCUCCCGCUUCGGUAAUUUACAUGUUCCUCUCAAAUAUGAGUAGUGCCAGUGAAAAAUUAGAAUUGGCAAAACGUGUCAAAUGCACCAAAGCUAUUAUAGAUGCUUUAACUGCGCUCAAAGAUGUUCCCCAACUAUUGCAAAUACGUGAAUCUCUGCCUGAUCGUUCGGAGGAGCAAUUCUAUUGUGAUAAUGCCAUUAAAAAUGUUCAAACUAAACGUUGGACCACGGAUAGCAUUAAAUUGAAGUUGUAAGAAUGAAGGGAGCAAGGGACGUUGUGGUAUUUAGCAAGAAAUAGAUUAUGAAAAAGAAAAAUGAAGCCUGAUACUGAAAUGUAAGAAAUCGCUAUUCUGUAGUUUUAGCUAGUAGUCCUAGUAUUUAGAUGUAGUUAUCGUUUUGUAUUGAAAUUGUAGCAUUAUGUAAGUACAUACCGACAAAGAAUAAAAUAUAUAAUUUUGUAGAAAACUUA